GGCGGGGUUUGGGCCGGAGGGUCCAUUCGACACGGAAUAGUUGUGGAACAGCUCUUGAUCCGAGUAGCACACAGAUUACUUCAGGGACUCAAAGUAUUGUAAAGUAAGUUAAUUUAGGCAGGUCCAAUGGCGACACAGUGUGUGACAAAGGUGGAGCUGACUGUCUCCUGUGAGAAUCUUCUGGACAAGGACAUUGGCUCCAAGUCUGACCCACUGUGUGUUCUUCUCAUGAACACUACUGGGUCACAGUGGUACGAGGUGGGCCGCACAGAGAAGGUACAGAAUUGCCUUGCGCCAAAGUUUGCCAAGAAGUUCAUCGUCGAUUACUACUUUGAAAUAGUGCAAAAGCUGAAGUUUGGAAUUUACGACAUCGACAAUAAAACUGUUGACCUAAGUGAUGAUGAUUUCCUGGGAGAGCUGGAGUGUACCUUGGGACAGGUGGUGUCUAGUAGAAAGCAUACUAGACCACUGGUGUUGAAGAACAACAGGCCUGCAGGAAGAGGAUCCAUUACAAUAAUUGCUGAAGAAAUAAAAGACAACAGAGUGGUGAAUUUUGAGGCUGAAGCAAGGAAACUGGACAACAAGGAUUUCUUUGGGAAGUCUGAUCCUUACCUGGAGUUCUACAAGCAGACAGAGACUGGAUGGCAGCUGGCUCACAGAACGGAGGUGGUGAAGAACAACCUGAACCCAACAUGGAAACCCUUCAGGAUCCCCCUGCAGUCUCUGUGUGGAGGAGACAUGGACAAACAUAUAAAGGUGGAGUGCUACGACUAUGACAAUGAUGGAUCUCAUGACCUCAUUGGAAUCUUUGAGACCACCAUGACACGUCUGCAAGAGGCAUCGCGCUCCUCACCGGCUGAGUUUGAGUGUAUCAACAGUAAAAAGCAACAGAAGAAGAAGGGAUACAAAAACUCUGGUGUGGUGAGUGUGAAGCUGUGUCAGGUGGUGAAGGAGUAUACCUUCCUGGACUACAUCAUGGGAGGUUGCCAGAUCAACUUCACUGUGGGUAUUGACUUCACAGGGUCAAACGGUGACCCCAAGUCUCCCCAGUCUCUCCACUACAUCAGUCCACAAGGGGUCAAUGAAUACCUGUCUGCCAUCUGGUCCGUUGGCAUGGUGAUCCAAGACUACGACAGUGACAAAAUGUUCCCUGCCUUUGGCUUUGGAGCACAGAUCCCACCUACCUGGCAGGUUUCUCAUGAGUUCCCUCUCAAUUUCAACCCUGCAAAUCCAUUCUGUGCAGGUAUCGAGGGUGUAGUGGAGGCCUACAGAGUGUGUCUUCCCCAGGUGAAGCUCUACGGUCCCACUAACUUCUCUCCCAUCAUCAACAAUGUAGCCCGCUCCGCUAUGCAGGCUACCCAGCAGAAAACUGCCUCUCAAUACUUUGUCCUCCUGAUCAUAACGGACGGCGUGAUCACGGAUCUGGACCAGACACGCUCCGCCAUCGUUAACGCCUCCCGUCUGCCCAUGUCCAUUAUCAUCAUCGGUGUGGGAGGGGCCGACUUCACCGCCAUGGAGUUCCUGGACGGUGACGACGGGCGGCUCAGAGCGCCAACGGGAGAGACUGCUGCACGGGACAUCGUCCAGUUCGUCCCCUUCAGACAGUUCCAGAACUCUCCUAAAGAAGCUCUGGCCCAGUCUGUGUUGGCUGAAGUCCCUGGUCAGGUGGUCACCUACUUCAACAUGAACAAGCUGAGUCCUCCCAACACUGACACGCCCCCUGCCCCCGUCCCUACACCGCCAGCUACCGCAGACAUGCCCACCCUCACCUCCUAGUGCCCAGGAGAGGAACCAACCCCAGUACCCAGCACCAACCCAUCCCCACCUGACCGAAGACAAAGUACACUGUCAGGAUGAGUAGACAGUCGCUCAUCUCAGUAGCUACCAUAAGCACACUCUGCUAUUUAUCAUUGUGUCAAAGGGAUCAUGACAGGUAUACAAAGCUCUAGCCAUUACUAACUAGCAUGUGUCAGGUUGAAUUGAGCAGGAUGGAAGUUUUGUAGGAGGAAAUUCUACAAAACACUGCAUGUGUACUUACAGCAACCAACAACACAUUGGUUCAGUCUGGCUUGUUCCCAAUCUCCGUCAGCAGGCCAGUCCCAGAAGCAUGUGUACAUAUACCCAUAUGCACAGUGUCUAGUGAAAGUCUACACAUCCCUUGCACAGAUGUCACAUUUUGCUGCCUUACAAUUUAAUCUCUUUUUAGAUUUAGAUUUAUUUCUUCCUACGAUAUGUAUUGCGAUUUGAAGUUCCAAACAUAUUGCUCACUAUAUGUCUGCUGAACGCAUGAUACAUUUUUUGU